AUGUCUGCCCCGUCUGUGGUCUCCUCCGUUGAGGCGUAUGCCAAGGCGCUGCUGCACUGCCAGAAGUACCCCACCCAGGCGGUCUCUGGGUUCCUGGUCGGGAAGCGCCUGACGGAGAGCGGCACCAGCAAUAGUGUGUUUGUUGCGGACGCUGUGCCGCUGUUUCACACCAUCAUGAUGACCCACCCACACCCCAUGCUCAGCGUCGCCUACGCCCAGGUGUCCAGCUACGCCCGCACAAGGGGACUCGUGCUCCUGGGCUACUACGUCGCAAACGAGCGCGCCGGCGACAGCAGCAUCUCACCCCUCACAGAAAAGGUGCUUUGCAUGCUGCAGGACAAAACAUCCACUGGUCAUAACCCUCUUCUCUGGACCAUCGUUAGUGCGAACCGCAUAGAAGGGGCGGGGGUGCGGCUUUCCUACUACACGGGUGAAAACACCUACCUUACCGCGCCGGAGCUGACCUUCGGGCGGUGGAACUCGGACACGCUCUCCUGCGAGGCGACCGCGAGCAGAACGGAGGCGGUGGAGGUAUUUGAAAACGCCGUGGACGCGUUAAAGCAGUUUCAGAUUGUGGACUUUGAGGACCACUUGGAGCGGGUGCAGCUUGACUACCUUGAGCAGGUCGUCCAGGUGUAG